CCUACGCUACAAAUAUACAGCUAUAGUCUAUCAUAUUGCUCUCAGUAUCUCAUUAAUCUACGCAAUCCCAGGCUCCUGUCCAGAAUACAUGGCGACGUCUACAGUUCUAGCUGCCGAGCCCGCAUGCUUGUCGGUUUUGGAGCACCAGCAGAACGUUCCUUCACAUGGCAGGUUACGAUACAUCACGCGAGGACUGAUCCCCACGGCCUCACCACAUCUAUACCAUUUGCCACCUCUUUCCGAAUUUGGGGACAUACGACUGCUGCCAAUCCGUGACAUAAAAGAAUCUUUGAAAUUAGGCGACGAAAAUCCCUAUACGUUAGACUCACAUGGCUUCACAGCAAGACGCCAUCCCUCCGUACUGCACUCUUUUCCGUAUUCAAGACUAAGCUGGAAUGAUGAGACACUAUUGAAAUCAGUGUACAUACCCGAAGUGGAAGAUCUGCUGAGGAAUCUUACGGGGGCUAACAAGGUCGUCACCGAGAUGGUAUUGAUACGAAGCGAGAUUCACAGCGAGAUCGAUGCAUUAGCCAGUUCGGAAGAGAUACGCGAGACUGAUAGAACUGGAGACGACGAUUCGUGGCCGAAGAUGAUCGGUAUCUCAGCUGGAGCUGGAGCUUCUCCUGCGCCAAAAGUGCACUUGGACUUCUCUCCAGCUGGAGCAAGAGUCCAUCUCAGAAAGUACCACGGAGCGCUCGCAAAAGCGGGAGCUGAAGUUAUAUCUAAAGAGGACAAUAUCGUUGCAAAUGGUGUACGAGCCGAAGAUCUUCACAAAUGGUAUGACGGACCAAGGUGGGCGAUGUUCUCAAUCUGGCGUCCUCUUAAGCGGGUAACACGCGAUCCAUUGGCAUUUGCAGACAGAAGGUCAUUCCCCAGGACUGACUACGUUCCUGUCGAUCUUGUCGAACCUACAGGCAAAGCGCUGCGUCACAUGUAUCCAGCAGAGAUGAAGUCUCACAAAGCUGAGACUUUGUUGGCAUACGGAAGCGACAAUCACGAGUGGUGUUGGGUUUGGGACAUGGAGCCUGAGGAAGUUGUGGUUAUCCAGUUGUUUGACAGUGAAGCAGAGAAACGGGGCUAUUGCGGAGUCAUGCACAGCAGCGUCGACGUGCCUGAAACAGAGCACGAACCAGCAAGAGAGAGCAUUGAAGUACGGUGCACUGCAUUUUGGUGACAUGGUAGUCAAUGAUGCCGACACUGCAAUCACAUAGCUUUUGUCUACCGUAGCUCUUCACAAACAAUCCUUCAUUUCUGGAUGCCCUCUGGAGAAGUGCGGG